GUCGCCUAGCAGACUCCUUGUUCGCGAGCUUCAAGUUGCCGCGCAAGAAGGACGGUAUGGCGGCGCCGCGGUCCCUCGCGCCGCAGCCGCAACAAAAGCGCAAAAGUGCCGUCGAGCUGCUGGCUGAGACAAAGGCCUUCUACGUCAAGUCUGAGACGGUGCUGGACCGGAAACAGGAAUUACCUCUUAGGGUGAGCAGUGGACUGGGUCAGGCAAUUGCUGCAGGCGGAUGCCAUUUAGUCAGCUCUGGAACACUUAACCAAGAUGCCUGCUGUAACCCUUAUGCAACGACAAGACUGGGAGGGGCGCGACGGGCAGUCAGCGCGGGUGAGGGUCUGCAGAAUACCCUUCGAAGACUGCUGGAACAUUCGGACAGUAGAGAAAAUGUAUACUCCCCAGCUUACGCUGUUCAGCACAAAAUCUACUCAGAAUCACGUCGCCUAAAAGAUUAUCCAGAUCGGGACAUGUCAAGAUCGCAACACAACUCUGGAACCUUCUCCGGAACUUCGUCAUCAGGUACCUCAGGGUCAAAGGCGCAGAAAUCAGACCCUGAGCAUCGAGAGAAAAUUAACCGGCCCUUGAGCUUUGGCGACGCGAGAGUGUUCUUUCCAGAGUCGUUUGUUAUACCAAGGCAAAGACCGGAAGUCAUUAUCAAAAGCGCUUAUUCAAUACCGAGUUCUCACUCGAGUCCAGAGCACGCACUGCAGGGGUCAGCGGAGCGGCUAGAACGACUGGAGUUGGUUGGACUAUCUCUACCGGAUCCAGUGGAAGUGUCAGGGUCUGGUGGAUCCUCACCUCAGGAUUUGGCCCCGCCUAUCAGUCCGCCACCACAUUAUGCCCACUCUGCACCUAGAUAUAUCAGAUCCAAUUCUCACUCUCAACCUAGCAUGCGCGAAGAAGAUAGCUGUCCCAACAUCAACAGCCACAAAUCCUUGCCUGAUUUGCACACGCAGGCCAGAUGUUAUCCCGAACACAUGCAAAUGAGCGGUACCGAAACCAUGGGCCGUUCGGGCCGGCGGCGCCGCCAUUCGGCUCAUCAACGAACCGCCAGCUGCUCCUCUAAAGGCACGCGGUCAAAUCACUCCAGCCUCAUUUCUUCUUGUGAUGCCUUUUCGGAGCAGCCUAGUCCAGGAGAUGAUAAUUAUCAGUCGUAUAACAGUCGUUGCGGUUCGUCGUUUGCACGCGAUUCAGGCGGCUCCAGCGGGCACUACACGCAGCGCAGCGCCCCCGCACAUCAUCAGCAGCAACAGCACCAACAGCAUCGCACCGACUCUGGUUCCUCCACUCAGCACGAACAGAGCCGCUACAACUGCUACCUGGAGGAGUGCUACUCGCCGGGACUGGAGCAGUGCUUCGUGUCGGCGCCCCCGCAGUUCCAGGACGGCGCUCCCUCGCCGCCCGCCGCGCCCCCCGCGCCCCUCGCCUACCCCCCACCCGCGCACGUGGUAUCGCCGCUCGCGCCCAGAGUGGGCAUACAUUUCCAGGCCAGUGCACCUCCACCGCAAUUCCAAGAUGAGCUCCCGGUGUUCGAGUACACGGACUACGAGUGCACUUACAAACCUCUCAAAUGCCUAACUGUCGGUCGGAAAGAUUAUAACCGGGAUUACGGCAGAUACCACGAACCGAGCACGGAACUGAUCAGCAAACAGCCUCAGUAUGCGGAAGUACGCAGCAUGCGACCACGCAUUGACGACACGCAGGAAUAUGUCAACACUCCGCAGAUAUGUCCGCCUGAAGAAGUAACGUCCCCACUGGGUACGUUCAAACGACAGAGAUGUCUUCGUUACAAGCAACGCCGGCCUAGACCCAUACUGCGGUCGAAGUCAGAUAUCUCAGACAGGUACAGACGAACCGACGGCCGAAGUCCAGCCUCUGCACCAUGUGAAGGCGAAGACUCUCCAGACUCUCCUUCUGAAGAGUCCUCUCGCCUUCAGCAGUUUUUCGAGAGACUCGGUCUGGACCCGAGGGACUAUGACGCCAUUGUUCAUGAGCAGCCUCCCGAGAGCCCAGUUUAUUUUUCUUCGGCCUCUACAGUGGACUCUAACCAGUUGGCUGCUACUGCUGAUUAUACGGUCCAAGGUCCAGGUGUACAAAAGCAGAUCUAUCGCAAUACAGAGCCACCGAGUGUUGUCGAACGCAACGCCAGGAUCAUAAAAUGGCUAUGCCAGUGCCGGAAAAUGCAAAUGCAACCGCCGCAGUGAACGUGUGGACUUUGACCUGGACAAUUCAACAAAUUUGCCCGUAAAGCGCCCCAUUCAUUAGCAAAUACGUUAGCCGACAUGUCAUUUUUGACUCAAAAUCUCGUUACGUCGAUUGCUACGUCGGCUAACACAAGCAUUUAUGGAGAACCUGUAGCCUAGCUUUAGAGUGUGACGAUGCGACCUCUCACCGACGUCAUUCAGCCUUUUUAUCGCCUUUUCUCCGGUUCGUGACCACUUGUUUUCAAAUUUUGAAUCGUUCUUUAAUUCCUUUGCCACGUCAUUCUCAUUUUGUUUCGUUCCGUCGUCACUCUCUGCUUAAUUACCGAAGGGAGCAGUGCUGCUCGUCUAAUUGUAAAACCAAAAAUUUCUUGUGCGAUAAACAUUUAAAAGAUCACAAUAAUACUUUGAAAUAUCUUUUAUAAAACCGGAUUUAGUUCCACUAUUUCUUUUUCCUUUUGAAUUUUGAACUUUAAACUCGCUAAGCAAAGUAGUAGACAUAAAUUUAUUAUAAGAUGAAACAAAAAACUAUAACAAAAUAAUAGAAUGAUAAAAAGGGUACAAACGAUAUAAAACACUCCCUACUAAACUAUAAAGUCGAGGCACUUACCCCAAGAGGGCCUAUAUACGUAUAUAUUAUAUCAAAAGCUUUAAAAACAGUUAAAUUACGUGUAAUUGGAGUUUUACGUGAUGAUAAAUUUUAAUAAGCACAUCCUCUCGCUUCGAGAAUUUUGACAAG